GGGGGGGCGGGGGGCGGGCACAGGUGGAGGCAGAAGGUGAUGGAGGUGCUGCCGGUGCUGGCCGUGGUGACGCUCAUGGUCUUCGGCACCGUCGCUUACCUCACCGUCGUCGACGCCAUCCUGCCUCGCCUGCGCCCUGCCUUCUCCCUCUCCUGCCCGCUGGACCGUGGCCGCUGGGCGCUCUCCUCGCGCCGCCCGCUCUACCCGCCCUCCUGCCCCUUCCUCAGGGACGACUUCAACUGCGCCAAGUUCGGCCUAUCAGCGCCUGACACGUGGCGCUGGGAGCCGUCCCCAGUGCCAGGUGGCGGAGUUCUCGGCGGAGGCGUGGCUGCAGGGCAUGGCGGGGCGGCGCGUGGCGUAUGUGGGCGACAAGGCGGUGGCGAACGCGUUUGACUCCAUGCUCUGCAUGCUCGCCCAGGCCGACACCCCCACCGCCCUCCCCGACGCCUCUCCCCGCCGCACACUCCUUGCACCCAGCGAGCCCCCCACGACUCGCACUGACGCAUCCAAGGGAAGAGGCGGCGGUGGUGAGACGAGCCCUCGACAGGCUGUUAGUGGCGGCAGGCAGGGUGAGAGCGUCCGGGCUGCUGCAGAUGGCCGUGUGUUCAUUGGUGCGCUAGAUGCCCCCCCCUCCGCCCUCCAUGCCCCCCAUGCCGCCCUGGAUGCCCCCUUGGCCGCCCGUGCUGCCUCCAUGGUGCAGACCGGGGUCAGGGGCAGCGAGGGCGCAGGCAGUGAUGUGAGGCGUGGUGGUGGGAGGCACAAGAAGGCCGGGUGGGGCUGGAACCCAAUCAGGUGGGGCGGGUGGAGGAGGGCGAGCAGUGCGCAGCAGCACGUGGGAGCCGCAGAUGCUGGCACUGGCGACGCAAGCAGUGCAAGCGGCUCCACAGACCACACCUCCACACCUCCUGCUGCUGCAUAUUCCGCCUCCUUUGCACUGUUUGACAUGCAGCCGCUGCUGUACGUUUUCCCCCGGCACAACGUCACUCUUGCCUUCCUGCCCUCGCCCUUCCUGGUCAAGGCCUCCCUCCUCUCGCCAGUCAACGCCACCCUCUGUCAGCUGCAGCGGGCAGCCGCAGCCACUGCACUCAACACCUCCGCUGCCAACAGCAGCAGCAGCAGCAGCAUUGGUGGAUCCACCAGCCAAGCGCCAGAGCAUGCAGAGGGCGCGUCCCCAGCUGGGUCAAGCGGCGGGGGGGAGGGCGUGGUGCGCGAUGCGUGCUACCCGAACCGCAUCCACGUGGACGAGCCCGACCCGGCGUGGGCGCAGCAGGCGGCGCUGUUUGAUGCGGUGGUGCUGGCGUCGGGGCGCAGCUGGACGGAGGACGCCGUGGAGACGCACGGGCUGAGUGUGGUGGUGGGGGGCGUGCGGCAGAGCAACCUGAGCGUGGAGGGGCUGGUGGGGCAGUGGGCGUACCCCCUCGCCAUGGCCGCCGUCACCUCCUGGCUCGCCAACGCCUCGCACUUCAACGGCACCGCUGUCUUCCGCUCCUUCAGCCCCACGCACCCCCGCAAGCAGUGCGCCGCCCGCAUGCUCCUCCCCGAUGCUGAGCAUGCAUCGGAGGUGAUGGAGGAGGCGCGGCGGUAUGACGAUGCCGUGGCACGUGCCAUUGGGGUGGCAGCAGGGGCUCGCGGCUCCAGUAGCAGCACGGCAGCAGGUGGAGCAGCAGCAGGCGGGGUGGCAGGGAGGGCGCUCCCCCGCCUGCACUUGAUGAACGUGUCGCUGCUGACAGCGCAGCGCGCCGACGCCCACCCCUGGAUGGCGUCACCCGUGCGCCCCAAGGCGGACUGCACGGACUGGUGCCUGCCGGGCGUGCCUGACACGUGGAAUGAGCUGCUGGCCGCCACGCUGCUCAAGCUGCUCCAGCGAUAGUGAUGCCACACGUACAGAGUGAUGCCAAGUGUGUUUGGUGUGUAGUUUGUAAAAACACCCGCUACCUUGCGACUCUGAUAGUGCCAUUAUUACCA